AUGCCAACCUUGACAGCCAGACAAUACCAUCCUCUGGCAAAGGGGUCGUUACAAGCCAGAAUGAGCGACCGUGACGAAGAAGCCCUUUCUCGAGCUCGAAACGAUGCCCGAACAGACAUUCGAAACCUCUUGACCCAACGUGCCAUACAAUCCUUUUUAUUUCUGUGCACAAGCGUCCGUGAUCCGCACAGCGUCAAGUGGAUCGAGGAGUUUUUGGAUGCACACAACCAACUAGACUUUCAUGGAACUGGAGCAGCUUACUUCGAGGCCUUUGGAGGGACCUGGGAUGCUCCUUUGUUGGCCAUGAUGGAGAUGCCCAAGGAUGUUGUGGUAGUUAGUGCCAAGCGUUCUGGGAAGGGUCAUCGGGGGUGGAGCAAGAAUAAUCCUUAUCUAGAAGACCGAUAUGUGGAGUUCAACAUUGAUAUUGAUCCAGUGUCAUUGACAUCUCGCAUUCUUUCCGUUCGGGAACAAAUUGCCACUGAAUGGGUAAAGGAUCUUAAUGUUCUAGCUGAAGCCAACGAUGAUAUUUUGGGCUCCUAUUUCUUGCUAGCAAAAGAGGAAAGAAGCAAAAGAGAACCAACAGGCACAAAACCUGAUUCGUCCAACGCGUCCUGUGCUAUCGCGUUUGAACGAACCGCGGUCAACAUACUCGAAAACAACAUGAACUUUCAAGGCGGCGCAACUGCAAGUUCGCCAUUCCGCAAGGGUAAUUUUGAUCUUCUCUACAAUCUCUGUACUCAAGCCAGUAUACAUAGGUUGUUGAGAGAAUAUAAAGAUGAUGUGGCUUCAGGUGGCGAGAAAGAAGCGAGGGCUAUUUCAUUUACUUGGCUCCGAGAAUUUUACGUUUCGCGUGUAGAAGAAUUUUUUGAUGGAAACCAACGGUAUGGUCGAGCCGACGACUUGAUUGAACAACUCUUGUUAUCUUCUCCAUCUGUCGUCUCCACCGAUGAUGGAAAGGUUGGGUUAGCAGAUCCAAUGGGGCUGGCGGAAGCAAUCAUCUCGAAGCGGCGAGAAGUAGUGGAUGAAUGGAAGGUUGUGAUGACAAAUGUCCCGACAGAUCACGCUGAUGGCAUUCGAAAGAACUUGUUGAAUAAGCAGAUGGAAUCGUGGGGAUCGGGACCCUCGUUGGGACAAGGAUUUCAAUAG